AUGUCAGCUGAAGGUGAUGUUAAUCCAAAAGCUUAUCCAUUAGCAGAUGCGAAGCUUACUAAGGACAUUCUCGAAUUAGUUCAUCAAGCACAUAAUUACCGACAAUUACGUAAGGGUGCAAAUGAAGCAACGAAAACUCUCAACCGUGGAAAAUCUGAACUGAUCAUCAUGGCCGCUGAUACAACUCCGAUCGAAAUCUUGAUGCAUCUGCCAUUGUUAUGUGAAGAUAAAAACGUUCCAUACGUAUUCGUACGUAGUAAACAAGCUCUUGGUCGUGCCUGUGGGGUGACGCGGCCAGUUAUUAGUGCAACAAUUCUAAUCUAUUUCAAAUUCGAACUGAUUCUUCAAAAAGUGGCUUCUGUAAAUAGUCCAACCAAAUAUACCUCGUCACCAUUAGGUGAUUACUAUACGAACUAUGCCUCAAUGACCAACGAACCGUCGACACUGAAAUUUGGAUAUACAGAUCCAUUCUCCUUUGGUUUUAGUCAACAUUCAAGUUUAGCAUACAAUGGUUCAUCACAACGAAAACAACGGCGUGAACGAACGACAUUCUCUCGUGCCCAACUCGAUCAGUUAGAAACCCUCUUCGACCGAACACGGUAUCCCGACAUAUUCAUGCGCGAAGAAGUUGCAAUGAAAAUCAAUUUACCCGAAUCGAGAAUACAAGUUUGGUUUAAAAAUCGUCGUGCUAAAUGCCGGCAACAAGACAAGGCUACCAAGAAACCGUCGUCAUCGUCUAAUAGUAGUCUACAUGACAAAAAUGAUAUCUCACCUUGCAAACGAGAGGCGAAAAGUCCGUCGCUUCGUCUCAAUCGUCACUCAUCACCGUCAACUAACGGUGGAACAAGUUCAGAUAAUUCAACAGCAUCUGCAGCUGCAGCCGCAUCUUUAGCAGCUUGGUCAUCACAAGCUGCUGCUUAUCAUCAUCAUAUUUAUCCGACAUCGUAUAGUCCAAACCAAGCCCUUUUUUAUAGUAAUGAUCCAGCAGCAGCCAACCCGGCAAUGUACGGCAGUAGUUAUCGAAGUCAAGAAAUGGAUUUUCUUCAACCAACAGGAAUGUAUGGCCGCCCAAGUGAAGAAUUUAUCAAUGGAUGGACCAACGCUCAUCAUCAUCAUCAUCAUCAUCAAAACUUUAAAAUUUUCAAUUAA